AUGGAUAUAGGGGAGGUAUCAGGGGGCAGCGGAUGUCUUGUCCAGUGUUUUUAUGUAUUAUGUACACUGAUUGUUAUUGAGACCGUUCUUAGAGAAGUUGAUUUGAGUUGGGUGAUUGCAGCUGCAUGUUGCUCCCUGUUCUCGUUUUCCGCCGCCCUCUCCUUCUCUCAAACUCUCAACGAAAAGAAAUCUCCGAGUGGGAUUGAAAUUGUUGAAACAAGAACUUACAGACUUCUCCUUCUGCUUGUUCCUAAUACUCAGAUUGUUGGAAUUGCAGUUUACAGUUCUCUUGUUGUGGUCUUCUACACAUUCCUUGGAUUUUUCCUCGGAAAUAGAAUCCUCGAAAUCACGUCCGUCUUUUCCUUUGUGGCUGUUUCGGUCAUGUUUCUCCUCAUAAGGUGCACAGCCACUGACCCAACUGACAGAACCAGCCUUAAGAAGAAGAACAAGAAGAAACCUCAAGGUGGCAAAGGCCUUCCAAAACUCAACGACGGCUUCCUUCUCAGGUAGAUUGUAGUGAGCUUCUUUAGGAGGGUGGAGAGGAAGAUCCUCAGGACUUUUAUAAGGAGAAGGUAUCUCAAUCCAUGGAAGACCGUUGCUCAGUUGGAUCCUUUGCUCCCGUUUCCUUUGUCCUUAAAAGAAGAAGCUGUCUCUCCUAAUUUAAGGGAUGACAUCUCUUUCUGCGCGCUCUGCGACUUUGAGGUGAAAAAACACGGCAAGCACUAGACCUGCAACCGUUGUGUUGAUACCUUUGACCACUACUGCCGGUGGUUAAACAACUGCAUUGGAAAAAAGAACUACACCACAUUCAUUCUCCUU